AUGAUGGGCGCCGAGCGACCACCGCGGCGCCUGUCCUCAUCCCUCGGACGCAGUGAGGAGGAGGGGGAGGACGAGGAGGACGAGACCCACAACCUCCUGCUGCCCGCCGCGGCCGAUGCACUCGACGACGGGGCAACGAGGCGUACGGGACUGUUAUGGUUGAACAGCAGCGGUGCUGCCGCAAUACCCGGUUGCGACGCUGUUCCUGCUGCUGCAAGCACCGACCCUCGCCGCAGUGGAGAAACCACUGCUGCUGCCGCAAGCGCCGCAGGCCAACGACGCAGCCCGAGCUCCUUCGUUGCGGACCUUGGCAUGCUGGUGAGGGUGUUCUUGCUGCGCGGCCUGUUUGUCGAGAGGCGAUGGGUGUUUCCGCUCAUCCUGACCGUCACCGCCACAGCGUACGAGGUCUGCGCGGCGAGUAUCCUCAACGUCAUCAGCGACUUCUACUUGGCCAUAUCCACCUUGGACGCCCAGCUUUUCGUGCAGGUCCUGUGGCGGUCUCUGCUAGUCGUCACCGUGGUCGCCGCUCUGAAGGCAGGGAGAGAUCUUGCUAAGGAAGCGUGCGCGUUGGUCUGGCGGCAGCGGCUGGUCCUUUUCCUCCACUCCUGGUACCUUCGGGGGAAGAUGCCGUACGUGCUUUCCACGGGAGAGGCGGGUCGGGAUAAGCGCGGCGGGGCUUCUUUCGGCAAUGUUGGCGCGCCGGGCAGGGUCGACGGGGGCUGCACCAGGGGCGGCGGGAACGGCGUCGCCGCCGGCGGGGAGUCCCCGCUCAUCGAUAACCCGGACCAGCGUGUUACGGCGGACGCGGAGGCGCUCGUCGCGGCGUUCGCCACGGUCUUGCACGAGACGCUGGUGGCGCCGGGGCUUGUGGCGUUCUACACGUGGUACCUCGUCGGCAUGUUCGGGUGGGUCGCGCCGGUCGCCUGCUACGUGUACUUCAUCGUGGCGUCUGCGAUCAACUGGGCGGUGGUGAAAACGGUCGUGCCGGCCGUGUACUGGAAGGAUAAGGCCGAGGGAACCUUCCGCUACGACCACGCCUGGCUCAGGACCCACUCGGAAUCCGUGGUUUUCUGUGGCGUGGGGGCCGUUGAAGGAAGGGAGAGGGAUCGAUUGGGGGAGAGUUUCAAUGCCGUCGUGACCGCCUGGUGGGAGGUGAUAAGGCGUCACGUCCCCCUCUACUUGUUUACACAGUUCUUCGACUACCUUGGCUCUAUCGUCAACUACGCGGCUGUCGGCGGCGCCAUCUUGUACUUGUCCAAGGCGGAGGGGAUGGGGGAGGCGGAGAUCGCCGCCCUUGUGGCGCGCGGCAGCUUUAGCUGCCUUUACCUUAUCGACGCGUUUUCCAAGGCGCUGCGCGCGUCAGAGGCAGCGAGCAGAAUGGGCGGCAGCGCCAGGCGUGUAGCCGAGCUUCUCCGGGCAACUGGCUUAUCGGACAGCGACGCCCGAGCAUUCGGUCCUUGGUCGACGGAACCCAGUGUACGCCGUCCCUCCCGGAACAAUGGCGGCGGCGGCGGAGCGGGCGGGGUCGGGCGCGGGGGUGGCGAGAGCUCCGAACAUCGACCAGGGGGUGGGGGGAGGCGGGCACGGGGUGCGCGCGGCGCCCGAAGCAGCAGCAACGCCUUGACCGCGGUGGUCUGGAGCCGGCUCGGCUGGAGACGAUUUCUCACCGCCGUGAAGAAGGAAGCCGACAAGGAGGACGAGAUGGAAGUGGGGCGGGGACACAAGCGGGGACGCGACGCCCGUGACGCCGACGACGAAGAGUGCCCAAGGGAAGGCCACCAUUCUGGGGACUACACUCCGCCCGUCGUCGGUACCGGCGGCGGCGAGGCAGAGGGCCGGAGCCUUCUUGCCGUCGCCGGAGGCACGUCUUCGGGCGGACACCCUGCGGGGCGUUCCGCUAGCGAGGAUGGCGUUUUCGUCGGUGAUCGUGAGUGCAGUCGUGGUUCCGGCUACGUUGCUUCCGCGUUGUCGGCGGCGGCUACGGCGGCGGCUACGGCGGCGGCGGCGGCGGUUUCCGACGAGGGGAGGGAAGACGAAGCCGACGGGGGCGGAGGCGAGCGAGAGGGUGAUGACCCCGGCUGGCUGCUGAGGGUCGAAGGGUACACCGUGGCCCAACCGGAGCAGCAACUUGGUCUCGGCGACGAUUGCAGCAGCGAGGAAGACGACGAUAGCGGCGACGACGCAGACGUCACCGACCCACGGGAAGAAGCUGUUGACGGGGAUGCAAACGGUAGCGGCGGCGACGACACCAGAGGCGUCGGUGUAGACCGGGUGGUAUCUCCUAAAGACGGCGAGACCUUAGCUUCUCCGGGAGCGGGCAGGGGCGGCCGCGGCAGCCGGAGCAACAACCGCAGGACUGCACGUGGGACCCUCGCGGCGGGAGCCGAACAACAUGGAAGCAGAGGCGCGGGAGCGAUCGUCCGGGAGCUCAGUCUCACCGUGCGCCGCGGGCACAACGUCUUGAUCACGGGUCCGAGCGGAUGCGGCAAGACCUCGCUCCUGAGGACCAUCGCGGGCCUCUGGGAGGCAGCGGCGGGAACGGUCGAGCUCUGUCCCCGUGUGGAAGCGUGUCUGCGUGCGCACGAGGAGCGGGGAACCACCGGACGAAGGAGGCCGGUCGCGGGGGACCGUGAGGUUGGCGGGGGGGUCCUCUUCGUGCCGCAGCGGCCCUACUGCUUUCGAGGGACCCUGUUCGAGCAGGUUACGUACCCAGCUAGAGGCGACCAAGCUUCGCCCGCAACGGUCAAGCGCAUUCUGUCAGCCCUGGGCCUGUCCCAUCUGUUCAGCCUAGGCAACGGCGGCGGCGGCGGAGGUGAUGACGCGUGUACCGAGCAAAGAAACGGCGGCUCCUCCGCCGGUAGCACCGGUCACGCCUUGGACGCAAGCGGGAGCACACUUAGCGGCGACACUCGCAGGCGUCUCAGCUCUAGCAGUUGGACAGCCUCCGCCGCGCCGCGCGCGGGAGCUGGCGCCUUCGGGGGUCCGCACGGCUUCGAUGACCGCAGCAGCUCGAGGCAAGCUAGGAGGAAUAGCAACAGCAGCAGCGACGGCAGCAUCAGGAUCAAAGACGACGUUGUUGUCUUUGACGACGAGGAAUCGAUCACUUCGCCACUCAUUGGAGACGAGGCAGAGACCGUCGGUUUCUCUUCCUCGUCUGCCGGUGGUGGCGACUUUCCGACCCCCCCGGAGGGUUCCAAAGGAAGAGGAGGAGGCGGGACGAGACGGCUCUCGGACACCCGCCAAUCGCCGCACCAGCAGCAGCAGCAACAGCCAUCGCAUGUCCGGGAGGGAGAAACGACAGGGCGUAGCACAAGAAGCGGGGGGGCGGUCGGGAGAAGAAUAAAAAGAGGGCUACCCCCAGCCCGGCGGCGACGCGACUGGGCCUCCAUCCUGUCCAUCGGGGAGCAGCAGCGGCUUGGCAUCGCCAGGGUGCUGUACCACCGCCCGGCCCUUGCCUUCCUAGACGAGGCGAUGAGCGCCGUCACCGAAGAAGCGGAGAGAGACGCCUACGGUCUCAUGCGAGCGGCCGGGGUGACGGUGGUGGCGAUCGGCCACCGCACCUCUCUGCGCUCUCUCCACGAGCGGGUGCUGGCUCUCCGGGGCGCUCCGGACGGGACGUGGGAGAUCUCGGAGAUGUGCUCCUCGAGGACCGAGGCCCACGCCUCGGGGAACGAACACGCGACGUUGUAGCGGUGUGCGCCCUGAUGCUUACGAUGAUUCGGCACGUGACGCUGUAGGGUUAAGGGUACGUGCCACGCCUUCCUUCUGAUGUGCGAGGAAGCUUGAGGAACGUGGGUGUCGGUA